UCAAAUUGGCAUCGCAGAAACGUCAAAACACAGCAUAACCUGUUCGACGUCCAAUGUUCGUCAUUUGGCCUGUGAUAUGAAUUCCGCUUAGGAUCUGACUAAAUUCGCCUUAGUUUCGUUUUAUAUUUGUUUGGUUUCAGAACGGACAAACAUGUCGCUGUUAUUUAUUUUAAGUUACGUUUCCAUCGUAGUUCACAUUUUCUUUGUAACCGUAUCGGUUGCUGCAGGGCUCUACUACUUGGCCGAAUUGGUGGAGGAAUAUUCGGUGACCGCCAAACGAACAAUAAAUUGGAUAAUCCUAGGCACAUCGGCGAUUUACGUGUUAUUCAUAUUCACCGAUAAGUUACCGUGGUCCGUGAUACUUUGCGGACUGGGAGCGCAACUGUUUCACCUGUUGAUAAUGAAGAAUUUUCCGUUUGUGGAAUUCCUGUCGUUCCCAUUCUUAGGCACGAUCGCUAUGCUUGUAGCGAACCACUUCCUCGCGUUUCAGUACUUCACAAGCAAUUAUCAUCCAUUUUCGGAGGUCCUCGCUUAUUUCACAUUGUGUAUUUGGGUCGUCCCGUUCGCGCUGUUUGUGUCGCUGAGUGCAAAUGAUAAUGUUCUUCCAACAGUCUCAGAACAAAGUCCGCUACUAGAUAAUCGUGAUGUUGUUUCCAACUACUUUUCACGUAAAGGCAAGAAACAAGGCCUGCUCUCCCUUUUCAACUAUGCGAAAGAAAGUCUACUGCCGCAACGAAGUAAAAAAUCAUUUUAGUCGAAGGGCUGCCCGCGGUCGACAUUCUAUCAAUGCGUUGAUAGCCAGUAGUAGUCCCAGAUGCUGGCAACCGCCCCGAUGUGAUCUGAUGCGUAGUAGUUUAUUCGAACAUUAGGACUAGGGUCAUGAUACAGAUGAUAUUUAAGGUAUACACUUAUGAAUGAGGUCACACUCUCCUUGGAGACCAUUUACUCAGUCUAUUCCUUUUAAUUUAUAUUUACAUUUUACAUAGACGUUGCAUUGUUUUGUAUUUGUAAGAUUUUUUGUUUCCAUCACAGACUGUUUGAUAAUCAGAGUGAAAUACUAUUUGGAGGUUUACAGUUAUAUUUAUCAACUAACUAUGUAAUGUGCGUAGCAAGCUGUUAAAUGGGCUUGAGAUUAUUUAUGAUAAGGCAUUUGAUAAAAAAAAAGAAAUGUUGGAAAAAAAACGAGAAAAUUAUAUUUAAGCGGAAAAAA